AAAUUUUGUGGAAUAAUUCUUCUCAAAUGACCACCAGCUUGUGUCUACUUUGGAGCGUAAGGUGGUAGGCUGUUUAACCACCCGCUGUCUGUAAAACACGUUCUGUUUUAAACCGUUAAGCUUAUUCGCAGCUGUCACUUGUCGCUAUAGGGAGUCACGUGACCAGGCCUUUUAAGUGUCCAUGUUGAAUCAGGAAGGUCCUGUUCCAAGGAUUCUCUCAUUUUCUCGAUAUAAAGCCGACGUCUAAAGAACUUCAAACAUUGAACUGCUGACAGAGGGGAGAACAUGGGAAUAAAAUUUUUGGAGUUUGUGCGGCCGUUCUGUGCAGUAUUGCCAGAAAUCGCCAAGCCGGAUAGAAAGAUCCAGUUCAGAGAAAAGGUGCUAUGGACAGCCAUCACACUAUUUAUAUUCUUGGUCUGCUGUCAGAUUCCAUUAUUUGGAAUCAUGUCAUCAGACUCAGCAGACCCGUUCUACUGGAUCAGGGUAAUUCUGGCUUCCAACAGAGGUACAUUGAUGGAGUUGGGUAUCACUCCCAUCGUUACUUCUGGUCUCAUCAUGCAGCUCUUGGCUGGAGCUAAGAUCAUUGAAGUUGGAGAUACUCCCAAGGACAGAGCCCUCUUCAAUGGAGCGCAGAAGUUGUUUGGUAUGAUCAUCACAGUUGGUCAGGCCAUUGUUUAUGUUAUGACUGGAAUGUAUGGAGACCCUGCCGAAAUUGGGGCUGGAGUCUGCCUUCUUAUCAUUAUUCAGUUGUUUGUUGCUGGUCUUAUUGUGUUGUUGUUGGAUGAACUGCUGCAGAAGGGCUAUGGUCUUGGCUCUGGAAUCUCACUUUUCAUUGCCACCAACAUUUGUGAGACAAUUGUCUGGAAGGCCUUCAGUCCUGCGACUGUUAACACUGGCAAAGGUACUGAGUUUGAAGGCGCCAUCAUUGCUCUGUUCCACUUGCUGGCAACUAGGACAGACAAAGUGCGUGCCCUGCGUGAAGCCUUCUACAGACAGAACCUCCCAAACUUGAUGAACCUUAUGGCAACAAUCUUUGUGUUCGCCAUCGUGAUUUACUUCCAGGGUUUCCGUGUGGAUCUGCCAAUUAAGUCUGCCCGUUACCGAGGACAGUACAGCUCUUACCCAAUCAAACUGUUUUACACCUCCAACAUUCCCAUCAUCCUUCAGAGCGCUCUAGUCUCCAAUUUGUAUGUUAUUUCUCAGAUGCUUGCGACUAAGUUCAGUGGGAACUUCUUUGUCAAUUUAUUGGGAGUUUGGGCUGAUGUAGGCAGUGGUGGCCCUGCAAGGUCGUACCCUAUAGGCGGGUUAUGCUAUUACUUUUCUCCACCAGAGACGUUAGGGCAUGUGGCUGAGGAUCCAGUCCAUGCAGUCCUCUAUAUUGUUUUCAUGCUGGGCUCGUGUGCAUUUUUCUCCAAAACAUGGAUUGAAGUGUCAGGAGCUAGUGCUAAAGACGUUGCCAAACAACUUAAGGAGCAGCAGAUGGUGAUGAGGGGUCACCGUGAGAAGUCUAUGAUUCAUGAGCUGAACCGAUAUAUCCCUACUGCUGCUGCCUUUGGAGGCCUCUGUAUUGGAGCCCUCUCUGUCCUGGCUGACUUCAUGGGUGCCAUUGGAAGUGGAACUGGAAUUUUGCUGGCUGUGACAAUUAUUUACCAAUACUUUGAGAUCUUUGUUAAAGAGCAGAGUGAAAUGGGAGGAAUGAGCACACUGUUGUUUUAAGAGUUAGAUUUUAUUUUUUAGGCAAUGCCGGCCCGUAUCAUUUAAAUAUUUCCCAGGUAUAACUGUGCUGUAACUUGGGAAAGACAUUACGCAUACUAGAAGGAAUGUCCUCAUUUGUAUCUUGUCAUGACAAAUUUACAGAAAAAUUUUUCUGUUAUUAUUGUUAAUGUAUUUAUGAUAAGGACAUGAAAGAAGUUUCUCAAUCAAAGACAGAGGUACAGCUUGUUAUAUUUAAGAGAAUUGUAAGAAAAUUGGCAUAUUGAAAUGCCUUUCUGAGCAUUUCAUAUUGAGAUAGAGGAAAAUGCUGCCACGACAAGAGCUGAGCUUACAUUGUUAGCAUUGGAGAAAAUGCUUGUCAAGUUGUUUUGACAUCUGAUGAAUUUGUCAUCACAAGUCUCACGGGUGUUUAGUUAACACAUCAUUUUUCUUUAUCAUUAUUUUUCAUGAUUACAGCUUAGUGUGGAAUAUCAAUAUUUUUCCCUUUUCUUUUUUUCUUUUAGAAAAAAAAAAAUGCUCAUGUCGUCCAGUCAUUUUUGUUUUAUCCUUGUGUAAAUGCCAGUGUUUAAUGUCAGACAUGGUCACGAAAUAAAAAAAAAAGUAUACAUCGA